AUGAUUCUCAUAGUUUGCUGGUCCUUUCAGGCCAAAGACAAUAACUACUUUCAGAAUCAUUCAGCACCCACAUUCGACCGUUCAAGGGUUGUUGCAGAAACCAGAGCCACAGACUCGUAUCAAAAUGUACUGUUCUCUCUGAUCCAAUUUAAAUUACACACAGGCGUCUUUCCGCGGCGAGUCACGGUCGUCACGCACGAGUUCAAACGUGCUCGAUUCAUGGAAUGCCACUUCCCGGCAAUGGGACUCGUGACCGUCGACACCAGACAUUCAAGCUACCAGCACAAAGCCGCGGUGAUUGGCAUCAAUCCCCCAGAAAAUGUGACUGCAUCAGAGAGCCUUGCACGAGGCGAAAUGAUGAACGGAAUCGGCCUUUGGAAAGCAGACCUCUAUGGCGUUAACGAGAAUCUAGCAAGCAAACGGAGAAAACGAGGCUGGAUCCCUGGGAUGGUGGACGAGUUUUCCAACAUGGAUCUAGGAGCCGUGGUACUCGACCUUCUCCGAUAUGAUGGUGGGAAAGAUCGCAAUGAAUGGUUCUCGCAGCGAGAGGAUUUGCCUUGGUCUUAUGCUAAAAAUGAUAUAACCCAACAGAAUUGA